AUGCUGGUCGUCCAAAAGGGACCAUACGGGGAUGUCCAAACUGCAGUAAUUGUAACAGCAAGGUGGCAUCCUAAAGAUGCGAUAAGAGAAGCUUUGGAAGACGCUCCUAUUUUCCACCCAACAGAAGAGGAAUUCCAAGACACACUUAAAUAUAUUGCAAGCAUACGUUCCAAAGCAGAACCUUAUGGCAUUUGCCGCAUUGUCCCUCCUACUUGCUGGAAACCACCAUGCUUUCUUCAGAGAGAACACAUAUGGGAAAAGUCUGAAUUUGUUGCUCAGAUUCAGCGAAUUGAUGGACACCAAGUUCAGCAUGCUCCAGAAAUUAUGGCUAGUGGUCGUGAAAAUACAAAAACCAAUAGCAACACAAACACUCCAUCUAACCAGAAUGUUGAAGAAUGUGAUUGUGAGUCUGAACCUGGUCCUAAGUUCAGUCUUAAAACAUUCAAGGAAUAUGCAGAUAUAUUUAAGAACCAGUACUUCAAUAACGAAGAUAAGAAGAAGAUCAUAGGUUCCAAUAUAAAAGUAGCUAUACGUCAGCAAUGGCAACCAUCUGUGGAGAAUAUUGAGGGUGAAUAUAGACGGAUUGUUCAAAAUCCUACUGAAGAAAUUGAGGUGCUUUGUGGUAACACAUUGGAGGCUGGAGUUUUUAGCAGUGGAUUUCCUACAGUUCCUGAUCCUGUGGAGGAAUACACUUACCCUGAAUAUUUGAAAUCUGGAUGGAACUUGAAUAAUAUACUUUCACAUUCAGGUUCCCUUCUUUUGUUUGAAAGCUCUGAAGUUUUACGUAACUUUGCCCCCAAUAUUCGUGUCGGAAUGUGCUUUUCUUCGCUCAACUGGAAAGUUGAAGAGCACCACUUAUACUCAUUAUCUUACAUGCAUCUGGGUGACCCGAAAGUGUGGUAUAGCGUCCCAGGAAGAUUUGCUGUUAACUUUGAAACAAUUUGGAAAAAGUAUCUACCAGAUUUUCAUGCAGGACAGCGUGAUAUGCAUGAUAAUAUGAUGAUGCAAUUAUCAUGCUCCAUAUUAAAGGCAGAGGGUAUUCCUGUAUAUCGUUGUGUUCAGUAUCCUCGUGAAUUUGUUGUUGUCUUCCCUGGGGCAUAUCAUUCAGGAUUUGAUUGUGGUUUCAACUGUUCUGAAGCCGUAAGUUUUGCUCCUCUUGAGUGGCUGCUUAAUGGACAGAAUGUUGUAGAGCUAUAUCGUGAACAGAGGAGAAAGACAUUACUUUCAUAUGACAAGCUUUUGUUAGGAGCAGCAAAUGAAGCUGUCAGGGUCCAAUGGGAAACUGGGCUGUGCAUGAAGAGCACAUCAUCAGACUGCUUGAGAUACAAAGGCAUCUAUCGAAAAAAUGAGUUCUUAACAAAAGCUUUCAACUCUCGCAUCCAGAGUGAAAUUUUGAAGAGGAAAUUUCUUUCCAGUUCUUUAGUAUCAAAAAGAAUGGAUGAAAAUUUUUAUGCCACUUGUAGAAGGGAAUGUAGUAUUUGCCUGUAUGAUUUACACUUGUCUGCUGUAGGGUGUUCAUGUUCAAAUGACAAGUUUGCAUGUCUUGAUCAUGCAAAACAUUUUUGUUCUUGCCCUUGGAGCAACAAAAUUCUCUUAUACCGUUACGAGAUCAGUGAUUUGAAUGUUCUUUGUCAAGCUUUGGAUGGGAAAUUAAGUGCAGUCUAUAAAUGGGCUAAAGAGUAUCUCCGACUAACACUGACCUCUGUUGCCUCCAAGAGAUCAAAACCACAUCCAGAAAAUGUUAGUUGUUCAACCUUCCCUUUGCAAGACUUGCAUAUGAAAGAACCUAUAUCCCAGACAUCAUCAAAUGAAUCCUCAAAAGGGAAACGACGCAAAUUGCAGGAAAUAUUGAAUUCAUUAAAGAAAAAUCACAAUGAAGUGGUUUCAAGUUCUUGGAAAAAAAAACAAAAUGAAGUGGUUCCAAACUCAUCCAAGAAGAAACAAAAUGAAGUGAUUUCCCAGGUUCCGCAGACUUCUGCUGGCACUCACACUAAUCAUGACACUCAUUCAAAAAUGAAGAUAAAUUUGCUUCAGUCAAGCUUUGCAGAUGGUAAGAAAGGAAUCAAUUCUGUUGGCACCAAAAUUGAUACGAAGAUGGUUGGGCAUAAGUUAACAAUUUCAAAGAAAGGAGAUCCAAAAUCAUCUAAAGUUCCUUCUGUUACAAACUCACGUUACUUGUCUUUUCUUCAAGAACAUGAGUUACUUGAUGUUUCAUCUGAUAGUAUGAACACAUCUUCGUCAUCAGAUUCUGAAAGGAAGCCCGCAAUGAACAAGCCCUUCCGCAGGUGUUACAUACCGAAAAUAAUCCAAGUCCUUCCGCAGCAGAGGAAGGGCCAAAAAAUUGCUUCUGAAUCCUAUUCCAAGAUGAUACAGUACACAGGAACAAGUGAAUCCCACUUGAAAUUGGGUGCGAUUCAAUGCUAA